AUGGAUUUAGAUGCUAUUACAGAAUACUCCGCAUUACAUCCCAAGCCCAGUGGACUCAUUCUUCAAUAUGGAACUGCUGGCUUUCGAACGAAAGCAGAACAUCUCGAUCAUGUCAUGUUUCGCAUGGGAUUAUUAGCUGUCCUGAGGUCAAAACAGACAAAAUCUACAAUAGGAGUCAUGGUAACAGCAUCACAUAAUCCUGAGGAAGACAAUGGGGUAAAAUUGGUUGAUCCUUUGGGUGAAAUGUUGGCACCUUCCUGGGAGGAACAUGCUACCUGUUUGGCAAAUGCUGAGGAACAAGAUAUGCCGAGAGUGUUGAUGGACAUCAGUGUGAAAGCAGCUGUGAAUCUGCAACAAGAUGCCUUCAUAGUGAUUGGUAGAGAUACCAGGCCCACCAGUGAGAAACUCUCACAGUCUGUAAUAGAUGGUGUAACUGUUUUAGAAGGUCAAUUUCAUGAUUACGGCUUGGUAACAACGCCCCAGCUGCACUACAUGGUAUACUGUCGAAAUACCAGUGGCCAAUAUGGAGAGGCAACCCUAGAAGGUUACUACCAGAAACUCUCUAAGGCCUUUAUGGAACUUACCAAACAGACUUUGUGCAGCCAAGAUGAAUAUAGAUCACUUAAGGUUGACUGUGCAAAUGGCAUAGGGGCCCUGAAGCUGAAAGAAAUGGAACACUACGUUUCCCAGGGGCUGUCAGUUCAGCUCUUCAAUGACGGCACCAAAGGGAAACUCAAUCAUUUAUGUGGGGCUGACUUUGUGAAAAGUCAUCAGAAACCUCCACAGGGAAUGGAAAUGAAGUCUAAUGAAAGAUGCUGUUCCUUUGAUGGAGAUGCAGACAGAAUCGUUUAUCACUACCUCGAUGUAGAUGGUCACUUUCAUCUCAUAGAUGGAGACAAGAUAGCAACACUGAUUAGCAGUUUCCUUAAAGAGCUCUUGUUGGAGAUUGGAGAAAGUUUGAAUAUUGGUGUUGUACAAACUGCGUAUGCAAAUGGAAGUUCAACACGGUAUCUUGAAGAAGUUAUGAAGGUACCUGUCUAUUGUACUAAAACUGGUGUAAAACAUUUACAUCACAAGGCUCAAGAGUUUGACAUUGGAGUUUAUUUUGAAGCAAAUGGGCAUGGCACAGUACUGUUUAGUAAAGCUGCCGAAACAAAGAUAAGACAACUCACAAAAGAACUGGAAGAUGAGAAAAGGAAAGCUGCUGCUAAGAUGCUCGAAAACGUUAUUGACUUGUUCAACCAGGCAGCUGGUGAUGCUAUUUCUGAUAUGCUGGUGAUUGAGGCAAUCUUGACGCUGAAGGACUUGACUAUACAACAGUGGGAUGCUCUUUAUAUGGAUCUUCCAAACAGACAGCUCAAAGUUAAGGUUGCAGACAGGCAAGUUAUUAGCACCACUGAUGCUGAAAGACAAGUAGUUACACCUCCAGGACUACAGGAGGCAAUCAAUGACCUGGUGAAGAAAUACAAGCUUUCCCGAGCUUUUGUCCGGCCUUCUGGUACGGAAGAUAUAGUCCGAGUAUAUGCAGAAGCAGACUCGCAGGAAAAUGCGGAUAGCCUUGCACGUGCAGUCAGCCUGGCAGUAUUUCAGCUGGCUGGAGGAGUUGGAGAAACACCCUAA